AUGCAACCUCAAAAUCCAAAUACACAACGGCCUGAAAAUCAUCCUUAUAUGUCAUAUGGCUAUCAAAAUCCUAAUAUGAUGCCACCAAAUUAUGGAAUGCAAUACUCGUAUAAUCAUCCUUAUAUGUCAUAUGACUAUCAACCAGUUCCUGGAAACAGCUCUCUUCCAUCUCAUGUCAAUUUUCCAAACAUUGAACCGACUAGUGAGCCAAACACACCUCGCUUUAGUAGUGGAUCCACUGAUAUCCCACAAUUUUCUACACAAAUCUCUCUGGGAGAACUUGGUGGGGAUACUCCCCACAGUUUUGAAGCUCCAACCCAACAAUCAGCGAAGAAAGGAAAUUACGCCAGUUGGACUUUUGAAGAGAACAAGUUGUUAUUAACUGGUUAUUUCCACUACAGUACUGACAGUGAAUUGGGUUCAAAUCAAAAGGGUGAUACUUUUUGGGGCAAAAUCUCUGAUUACGUGAAUGAGAACUCCGAUCGUGGGAUACAGAGGAACAUUGUAAAAUGUCAAAGUCAUUAUCGUGACCUCAACAAGAAGAUUAGUAUUGUUGGUUGUUAUAGUGCUGCUACUAGGGAGAGACGUAGUGGUUGGUCAGACAAUGACUACAUAUCCAAAGGUCUAGAGUUGUACAGUGAAAACCAAGGUAGGGAUGCAACAAAGAAGAAAGCUAGAGCUUCAUCUAGUAAAUCAUCAACUUCAAGAAAAUCAAAGGUUACCAUUCAGGAAGAGUUGUCCGAUUUAGCAUCUCGUCGUGACGCUAUUGAACAAUACAGGGCGACUCAAGUCUCAGCUAUCCAGGAGUACAAUCGCAAUAAGAAGUUAGAGAUGUGGUUGAGCUUGAAGAACAAAGAGGCCCGAGAUGAUGAAGAUGAAGCGGCGUAUAGUAUGUUGAAGAAUGAAUUGUUUGGGAACUAG